AUGGCGAUACGGCUAGAAGAUGAAUAUGGCAGUGGAGUACCGGAUUUAUCUGAUAUAGAGUCACAAGAUUAUAAUAGAGUAGUCUCAGAUCGUUCUGUGUUUACAAAAAUAAUUAAUUGUCCACGGAUAUAUAACAUACCAGCAUUGAAUUUCGUUAUCAUUGGAAUUUUAGGAACGUUCUUACUUAAACUAACAACCAAAUAUACUGGUUUGUAUAUGAAGAAUUCGUUGAUAACUAUAAUUGUGACAAACCUUGUUUUGUACGGCAUAUCCGAAACGUUAGCACAAUCGCUUCUAUCUUAUAAUCCUACCGAACCAAGACUAAGUUUCAAAUUCAAUAGAACUACUGGUGGCUACGGGGGGAUUUCGUUUAAUCCCAACAACUAUGGGGAUAGGAAUAGAGUUGGGGAUUUUAGUGAUGAACAAGUUCCUAUGGAGAGUGAUGAUGAGGAUUUAAACAGGUUUAUAGAUUACAUUCAGGAUAAUGAUUCUACGUAUGAGUCUCCAUCAAUGCAAUCUUACAAUCCAGAUAUGACACCUUUAGCGUUAGAACUGGUGGAAUUAACAUAUUAUCAAUUCAAUAGGCUUGCAGGAUUUAUGUGUUGGGGCUUUAUUAUGGCUUGCGUUCAAUGCUGGUGGUACAAAUUCUUACAAAUAUAUUCUAAGGAUCCAAAAUUUAUUGAGGUGCUUAGAAAAGUAUUAACUGAUCAAUUGUGCUUUUCACCGAUUUCACUUUUUUGCUUUUUUACAUACGGGACUAUUGUUCUUGAAAGUGGCAAUUGGAACGACGUGAAGGCCAAGUUGGAUAGAAUAUACAUGAAAACCUUGCUAAUAAACUAUUCCGUAUGGUUUCCAGUUCAGUUUUUUAAUUUCUUAUUAGUUCCUAGAGACUUCCAAGUCCCAUUUAGUUCGUCUGUAUCGGUGUUAUGGAAUUGUUUCUUAUCAAUGAGAAAUUCAAGUGCAUAG